CAUAUAAUAUCCUUCUCUGGCUAAGUUCCAAUUCACUUUCUCUCUUCCAACCUUCCGAAGCGCAGAGACAGACACAGAGAGAAGGUCCUUAGAGUUCACAAUCUGAUCUUUGGGGUUUGCAAACUCAACUCCGACUCGUCAAUUACAAAACCCUUAUUAUCCGAUCAGGUCUUGAGCUCUCUGGUUAGCAGUCCCGAACAGCAGCCAAUUUUCAUGUCUGAGCUCGACGUCCAGAUUCCUACUGCCUUUGAUCCCUUUGCUGAGGCAAAUGCUGAGGACUCAGGUGCUGGGACAAAAGAGUAUGUGCACAUCCGUGUACAGCAACGGAACGGAAGAAAAAGCCUGACAACUGUGCAGGGACUGAAGAAGGAUUUCAGCUACAACAAGAUACUCAAGGACCUCAAGAAGGAGUUUUGCUGCAAUGGUACUGUAGUCCAGGACCCCGAACUAGGGCAGGUCAUUCAACUUCAAGGUGAUCAGCGAAAGAACGUAUCUGCCUUCCUAGUCACGGCCGGCAUUGUAAAGAAAGACAACAUCAAAAUUCAUGGUUUCUGAGGUCUGCACCAGCAACUGAAGUAUCGGAAUAUUACAUCUCCCUGUACCCUCCGGUGCAGGUCAUGUUAUGUGCUUAGUUAUCCGAAUAGUAUAUCAUCUGUGAGUCUGCUAUGUGUAUUGGGUGUGUGGCGAUUUGAACUUUGAAGCAACUCUGUUAUGUGGACGCAUGGAAACAACUUAUGUAUCUUCAUUUCAGCUGCAAUUUCAAUUACAAUAAAGAUGUUCUUCUGAGGGUUUGUUGUA